AUGGCGUCGGCUAUCGUGCCCGACACACUCUACCUCGGGCCAGAGGUAGCGGUCGCUGAGACGGUCGGAAGUCUGCGGUGCACGGGCCACAGCGUGCUCGUGAUCCGCUGCAUGGAGUGCGAACCUGACACACCGGCCUACGUUGCUGCACUGGCCCCGAACGAGCUUGAUUGCUCAGCUUCCAAAACGGAGCUUCUGCAUCUGGUGCUGCGAGACGAGGCUGAGCAAGCGCUGAUGGAUGCAAUCGAUUCUGCGACUGCAGCAGUGGCAAGGUGGCUGUGUCUCCCUCAAGAGGCAGGACGAGAAGGGGCCACUGGCGAAAUUGAAGAUGCUGGUGACUGCAAACCUGCCUCUGCAAAGCUGGAGUGCCCGCGCCAUGCUGUGGUCGUGCACUGCGCCGCCGGUGUGAGCCGCAGUGCAUCCAUAGUAACAGCACUUGUUAUGACGUUCGGUGUCAGACUUUGUGGCUCCGCAGUCCUGGAUCCACAGCUCAGUGGCCCACAGCCGCGGAGUGAUGGUGGUCCUGUCGGCCUGGAGCGCGCUUUAAGCUUCGUCGCAAGUAGACGCCCAGUCAUCUCUCCGAAUGAAGGCUUCCUCGAGCAGCUGAUGGCAUACGAGGCGCGGCUGCGCGCAGGUGGCGGCGACGACGGCUUGCAGCCGAGCUUUGAUCCGAUCCUGAACAAGGUACGCACAGUCGCAGCGGUGUGUGCGGUGACUCCCGAGCUGGCUCGCCGUGCUCUCGACAGUGCAGGGAUGGAUAUCAACAGGGCGGCAGAAUUUAUCUUCACCGGAGCUAAGAAAGCGACAGCACCGGAGAUCGUUUGCAAGAUGGCUUUGGGACACAGACGGUUGGACAUGCGAAGUCAGUACUUGGCCAAGGGUCUUCUCUGGCUUCAGGAUGAGAACGACCCUGCGGUCUUCAGCGACCUCCUGCAGGACCUGACCGGCUGCCUGGACUUGCUCAACGAAAUUCUAGAUGACCCAGCAGCUAAAGAAGCAUCCAAGGCGCAUGUGCAGCCGUUUGCAUACCUGGCGCGGGACGCAGCGAAGCGACUGAAAGACAGAUUGAGCAUGACGGUCCAGGAGCCCAGUUGGGUUGAUUCGGUUUCGCACCUGCAGAAGAUCGCCGAUAACGCAGAGAAGCGAUUAACCAAGCUGGAAGGAUGA